AACAGCGAUUAAAUUACUUCCAUUUUGCGUUAUUAUCCCAUCCGUCCUUUUACUUCCAUUGCGCUCUAUUUCUCACUCUCCGGCGUAUACGAGCCACCGACAACUCCGCCGGGAUCAUUAGCGGCCACCGUCUUCCUCCUGUUUCGUGAUCUUCAACGAGUUUUCUUCUAAAGAAACUAGUGGCUUCUAGUGAUUUGGGAGGAUAAUUCUUCUGGUCACCUGUGCUCUGAAGCAUUAGGCGGUUGUUAUAUAAAUGUCAAAUGAUGUGGAAAAUCCUAAAGAUGGAGAUGCCAGGAAGUCUCUGGAUGCUUCUUCACCACCACCCAGUCUACAAUCGACUUGGUACGAUGGUUUACUUCAGCAAGCAUCAGUUUAUGGAGUAGCUGCUGGGUACUGUCUAUCAGCAUCAUUACUUUCCAUCAUUAACAAGUGGGCCGUCAUGAAAUUUCCUUACCCAGGGGCACUGACUGCGCUGCAGUAUUUCACAAGUGCAGCUGGAGUUCUCAUGUGCGGGUGGCUCAAGGUCCUAGAACAUGAUAAGCUUGAUCUUAAAACAAUGUGGCGGUUUCUGCCAGCUUCAAUUAUAUUUUAUCUCUCUCUUUUUACGAACAGUGAGCUUCUCCUCCAUGCCAAUGUUGACACUUUUAUUGUCUUCAGAUCAGCUGUCCCCAUCUUUGUUGCAAUAGGAGAGACCCUCUACUUGCACCAACCAUGGCCAGCUAUUAAAACAUGGGCGUCACUGGGUACAAUCUUUGCUGGUAGUAUGCUCUAUGUCACUACUGAUUACCAGUUCACACUUACAGCUUAUAGCUGGGCAGUGGCGUACUUAGUGAGCAUGUCCAUUGAUUUUGUUUAUAUCAAGCAUGUAGUAAUGACAAUUGGCUUAAACACGUGGGGACUUGUGUUAUACAACAAUCUUGAGGCUUUGAUGCUUUUUCCUAUUGAGCUGCUUAUAAUGGGCGAACUGAAGAAAAUAAAGCAUGAGAUUCAGGAUGAGUCAGAUUGGUACAGUUUUCAAGUGGUGUUACCCGUAGCCCUGUCGUGUUUGUUUGGUUUAGCUAUCUCUUUCUUUGGAUUUUCUUGCCGUAGAACAAUAUCUGCGACUGGCUUUACUGUUCUUGGCAUAGUGAACAAACUAUUGACAGUGGUGAUAAAUCUAAUUAUCUGGGAUAAGCACUCGACUCUUGUUGGCACAGUGGGACUCUUGAUCUGCAUGCUUGGUGGUGUUAUGUACCAGCAAUCCACGAGCAACAAGCCUAAGGCUGUGAACGAUGUAAAUCCACAAGCAGCUGAUGAGGAGCAAGAAAAACUUCUUGAAAUGCAAAGUAGCAUACAGAGAACUGAGAAUGAGAAGCAAGUUACACAAUCGGAAGAUGAGAAGCAAUAACAUAUUCUUGGGAAGAGUUCCCUUUUCAUUGUUGUAUGUCAAAGAUAUUGUUGAAAUUCCAUUAUACACAUUGUCAAAAACCCAGUGCUGUCUUAACUGCCAGAUUGGGUAUGUAGUCAGCUGCUAGUUACUUGGAGCGAAUUCCAUGAGGAAAAGGAGAGUGGAUCGCUACAUUUUAUUCAUGGGUAUGAAGUCAGCUACCUUCAACUUUGCAAAAGUACGUGUUAAGUUUAUCUUC